AUGGCUGCCAUACGGAAGAAACUGGUGAUUGUUGGUGAUGGAGCCUGUGGCAAGACUUGCUUGCUCAUCGUUUUCAGCAAGGGCGAGUUCCCAGAGGAGUAUGUUCCUACGGUGUUUGAGAACUCUGUAGCAGGUAUUGAAGUGGAUGGACAGUGGGUAGAGUUGGCCUUGUGGGACACAGCAGGGCAGGAAGAUUAUGAUCGUUUGAGGUCCCUCUCCUACCCCAACACCGAUGUUAUACUGAUGUGUUUCUCCAUUGAUAGCCCAGAUAGUUUAGAAAACAUCCCAGAAAUGUGGACUCCGGAAGUCAAGCAUUUUUGUCCCAACGUCCCCAUCAUCUUGGUGGGGAACAAGAAGGAUCUUCGGUAUAGCACGCGCACAAGGCACAAGCUAGCCAGGAUGAAUCAGGAGCCAGUACAACCGGAAGAAGGCAGAGACAUGGCAGACAGGAUUGGUGCUUUGGGGUACACGGAGUGUUCAGCGAAGACCAAAGAUGGAGUGAGAGAGGUUUUUGAAAUGGCCACAAGAGCUGCUCUGCAAGCCAGACGUGUAGGGAAAAAAUGUGGGUGCCUUAUCCUGUGA